GAUUUUUGGAUUUCGUUAAAGAUCCCCAAAGAAUAGCAUUACGAAUAAAACGCAUAAAUAUAUAAUUAUAUUUUUGUUGUUCUUCUUUUUGUAAGCUGCAAAAUGAGCGACAAGGACUCGCCCCCGCCCCCAUCCUAUGUAUGCAACACGCAGCUGAAUGUGGCGCCUUCGCAACGGCCAAAGGUUCGGGCUAUAUGCGGACCUGAAUACAAGCCCCGCAGCACUGAAUCUGAGCCGUCGCAUGAUGUCUGCGUGGUGGCCCAAAAUGUCACCGUUAAGUUUCGCAUAUCCAACGACAAUUUCAUUGCCCAAGUCUAUCCCAAUUGCAUGACCGUAGCCGAGGUCAAGCAGGAUCUAUCGCGCAGAUUCGAAGUGGACCCGGAGCUGCUGAUUGUCAAGCAAGGGGGUCGUGUGCUCUGCAAUACAACACCCAUUCAUUCCACAAUUUGUGACGAAUUUGGCAUACACGAGUUUCAGCUGGAUCUCAGCGAGCCAAAUUACUCGGAUGGCAACGAUCCACCCACAUUGAGUCUCAGUGUGUACUACGAAAAAUAUCGUUUGCCCGACUACCUGACUGUGCAUAUAUCCGGCGAGGACACGGAAGAUGGCCAGCCGAAAAAUAUUAUCGUCGAGAUCGAGAACGCUGCGAUUGUAAAGCCGUUUCUGUGCGGCUACAAGGACAAGAUAAGUGGCAAAUUAUUUUUGGAUGCAUUUACACAAACUGGACCAUAUUUUGAUAAGUGGAAGUAUAGACGCUAUCGUUCACGCGAUACGCAGACCUGGGAGCACAAGGAGAAGACACUGAAUACAGCACAUGAGCAAUCUGUGCAAUGCUUUCUGGAUGACAUCAACAUUAGAUACGUGUUCACGGCCACGGAUUUUGUAAUCAUACCCGGCAAAUAUCAGACCUAUGCGCAAAAAGAACGUGCGGAGCGCAAGCUCGAGAAGAUACUGUUGAUACAGCGCAACUGGCGACGCUGGAUACUGUGGAAGUACAUACAUAUACGUGCCAAGGAGUAUCGUCGCCUGGUGAAGAAUCGCGUGGAUGAGGAUAAACAGUAUGAAGAGUGCGUGGAGCAGCGGGUGGAACGCAAUGAACUAAUCAAACAAUUUCCACGCACCACUGAUGACUUUGAUUUGCUCUUUGCGGAAAUCUCGCGCUGGAAACGGGCGGAACUUAAACGCAUCGCAGCCAACUAUGAGGGACCUGCACGUAUAUCCGAGGUCAACAUUCUGCUGGAUAAGGAAAUCCGUUUGCUGAACGGUGUAGAGCGACAGCGCCGUCUUGUUUACUUGGCCAUGGAGGAUUUUCGCAACGAUCAACUGUUGAAGAAAAUGGGAAAGCCAGUCGAGUGGAUUGGCUACAAGGAUACCAAAAUACAUUUAGAUUUGCUGCGUACACAGCGCGUGCGAUUUCUAACUGAAAUCUACAAGGAUUUACGUAAUACGGAGGAUAAGGAGAAGCGUCUGGAGCUGUUAGGACGUGUCAUGGAGCUGCUUAUGGAGGAAACGUGUUAUCCAAACUUUCCUGAGCUUUUUGAUCUGUUUGAUCGAGAAAAGAAUCUGCUAAUUUACACAAAGUCUUGCGAUGUGGAAAUUCUACGCAAGCGCCAGAACAUAUUAUUCUUUGAGCUGAUUAAGUUUCAAAAACGCGACGUACCAUCCAAGGUACCCUCGCGCAUGUGCAUCGUCUGCAAAAAGGUCAAGCCCCUUUCCCAGUUUGCGGUACGCACGCGCCAGAGUCACGUGGAUACAUGCAAGCAUUGCUACUACCUAAAGUUGGUGGCCACAGAGAACACAGUUUAUCAAUCGAUUCUGCGCUGCAUUCAGCGCGACGAGCGCAAACGCAAGUGCGCAUCAUCUUUUGCCUUUGUCUUACAGCAGGACGAUGUGCGUCACAUUAUAGACAAAAUCUGGCAUGGCCACUCGGCGCUGAGCAAGUCGGAAAAUCUGAAUGAAUUGCGAUUACCUCGCUGGAACAAAAGCGACGACUGGUCCCCAUGGAACUGUGUGUGCCUGACAGAGCGUGAGACGCGCGAUCAUUACAAGAUCGAGGAUAUGGAAAAGGUGUACGAUCCUAAGUUUAUAUUACACGUGGGCAAUUGUCAUAUGCUGGCACGCAAUUUGUUCCACACGUUGGCAACUGUGGCCACAGAGUUCCAAGAGACAGGACAAUGGUGGAAGGUAGGCAUGAAUAAGCAGCGCAGCAGCAAGCUAGAUGCGGUAUAAGUGCUAUCAAUUGGGCAACAAAAUAUAAAAAAAAAAA